AUGCAAGUCAUCUCCCCUUCGUAUCUCCCUCCUUCUCCUUCCCUUCCACCUUCCACCUUCCACUCCCACUCCCACUCCCCCUCUGAUCUCUCUCUCUACUCAGCUAUCUCUCACUCCCCAACUUUCUCCCAUCUUGUCUGGAAGAAUUCCCAACUAUUUGGGGAGUUUCAACUUUUUCGCGAAAUUUGA